UCGAAGGGUGCAGAGCUGCGGUGAGUGCGUCAAGUUCAAGCGCACAGAGGAGCUCAAACACAAGGAUAUGACUUCAAAACUUUAAUUUCCACAAACGAAGGAUGUAUUGCAGCAUUUGAAGAUGAUGCGAUUGCUGUUCCUGUGUCUGCUGCUGCCAGCUGCUACUGCUUUGUCAGAGGACAAUGAGGGAUCAGCAGUUGGAGGUCUGGAUGAUGAGGAUUUAUAUGAUCAAAAGGGGAUCCUCACCAAUAUUGCUCCUGGCUCAGUAGGUAAAACUAAAGGUGAAGAAGACACGUCAGAUCAGUUCACCCUGAUUGUCAUCAUUGUAGCCGUGACUGUGCUGACUCUUUCAGUUGCAGCUGUAGUCACCAUAAUGUUAGUAAGACGUCACAUGCACAAUCGGCAGCAAGGGAUUUACUCUGUGCCUACAGAGCAGAAAGACGCACCCUAGUUCCUGGCGGAGCAGCAGUUCUAUAACACCCAGGCAAGAGGGGAGCAAUGCACCAGCCUAUGUCACCUCCUACUCGACUUGACUCAGGACAGUUCUUUGCACAACAGCUGACUUCUCAUCCUUCACUUCAUUGCUCCUCACUCCUUCGCAACCUCCUAUAAAUCCAUAUGCAAUAUGUGUUUUUUCCCCCACUGCUGUCAUACAUUUUUGUCUUUGUCCCAGCCAUUUGUACUCCACAAAUAUGCAAUCUAGCUCGGGACAUUUGGAACACAUUCAAACCUUCUAAUUGGAUUCUAUUUGAGGAAUCCAAAUCAAAGCCAGUGAAUAUGGCUUAAAGCUUCUUUUGUUAAAGGGAUAAUUUAGCACAGCCAGAACUCCCCUUUUUUCACUACCUGAAACAAGAAAUUAUUUUCCCACCAGCUAUGUGGUGAAACUGUAUUUGCGUUUGAUUCGGUACAUGUAGAACAGACCUGUCUGUGUGAAAUGGUGGAUGAGUAAGACAAACCAUGCUAAUCCACACUAAGCCAGCCCAGUGCUUUGCUCACUUCAUUCUCCUAUUCACUUGUCUGACAUCCUCUGUUCCAGGCCCAUUAGGAGUGUCAGGAGGCAGUGGAAUAGGAAAAUAAAAAAACAGUUCCCCCUCUCAUCCCAGUAAAAAACAAGAAACAAGUGGAAACAGCCAGUGUGAACACCCUCUUGCAAAGCAGCAAAUUAAUCGACCAUCAUGAAUGAUGAUGUUUUCUUUUACCCCUCUCUUUUUCAUUUUGAAAGGCUUUCACUUUAACGUCUCGCAGAUUGUAAAACGCUCUCUGACUGCUGUAGAGAGUUAGAUUAAUGCCUUACACACUAGUAGAGAAAGGCUGGGUGUGAGGGAUGGAUAAAAUCCUGCAAAUCAAAUAGUGUUGGGAGUGAUUGGGAAAACAACGCCUUUGUUUCAUUCAUACAAAGCCUGAUGAAUCCUCUGUUUUCAUUUAAAUAUGAAGAAAAGCUUUCAUUCCAAAACACCAAGGCACUGGUUGCCUUUUUUGCUCCAUUAAAAUGAUAGGAACUUCCCGUGGCAAAGGUUAAAUGGAGGAUGGUAUGAUGCUCCUGUUAGGCAUGCCACUUUUCACUUGUAGCUUAAUGAGAAACACUUAUAAUAAUGUCAACAAACACUGGGAAUGGCAAUAUGGGGUUAAACACUGGAUUUGUUAAAGCAGGAUCUCACUUUGCUUUUCCACUAAAUCUUGCAGCUAAUCUCCCCACUGGGAGCAGGGCCUGGCUCCAAUCCAGCCCCAAUUGAGAGCAAAACAAUUGUGUAGUCACGCCCUCAUCAUGGUGCACAGUGCCUAUAGCUCUGUGCUGAAGUGUUGUCUUGAAAACGCUGGAUCCCAGUUUAUUUUAGCACAGAAAAUUAGCAAAUGGGAUUAUUGUCUGUGCAUAUGUUUUAGUAGUCAUAUUUGAACAUUGUGUGUACAGUAUGUAUUUCUCACAAGUGUAGUGUAGCCCAAUAAGCCUUCAGUAUAUGUCAGCAUUUCAAAGGGAGGACAGCUGGCCAAAAAUCGCAGUAAAAAACAUUUCAUUUUUCUUUUAUAUCUGUGUCUAUCUAUUCAUAUUUACUUAGUUAUAAUUUCUGUUGGACAAAGAAACCACAAUGCAGCUGUCUUCUCUUUGAAUGCUUUCCCAAAAUGUAGCAAGCAACCUUGUGCAGAAAUCCAAAGAGAAAUACAGUAUUUAAUCCAUCCUGACUCUCACAUGUGGCCAAAGUCUACUGCAUUAUUACUACUGCUGUAUCGCCUCUUUGCUGUGACACUACUCGUGCAUAUAUAAUAAAUGUAGCUGUUGAGCUGUUCUUCUUUUGUAACAUCAUGCAUAUGGAAGAUGGAAUGCUUUUAUUCUUUUUUUUUAAACUGGCUGAUAUUUUUUUCUGUUAAGGCAUUAUGGAAGCUUACUCCAUUAUCAUAGCUUUAUAUUUUAAUAUAUUUGAUGUAUUUACAAAUUUACUGAGCUAUAUAUUUGCAUUGUUUGCCUUGAUGCUGAAAUAGUGUAUUUGGCUAAGUGGUCUUUUUUAUAUGGUUGUUAAAGGGUUUGAUGUCUUCUCUCCAAAUUGUGUGUAAAAAAAACAAACAAACAAUGAAACAAAUCUGUUAAUUGCCAAAAUUAUUUUAUGUAAAAUAUGUGUAUUUUUGUAUUUUAUUGUAGCCAAAAGAUUGGACUUAAUGUUAAUUACUGUUCUGUUAAUUCUGUUAAUAUGCACUUAUGUAUCCAGAUUAACCCAUGUGUGUCGUUUGUGCCAAGGACCUCUACAAUGGGUUUUCAUUAUACAAUAAUAAUUUACAAAUAAUCUAAUACAUGGCCAUGUAUUUCACAAGAAAGCCAUUGCAGUUCUUAUCCUGUAUCUCAUUAUUUCCGUUUGCAAAGCUCGAGCCUCUGAUUUUGUUCUGACAGCAAUUAGAAAUAUGAAUAGAACUGUAUAUGUUCUGACAAAUCUGUUGUAAAUGUUUCUGUUUUGUAUGAGUUUGUUGUCUGCAUCAUUUUGAUGCCAUAUGGAUACAAAGAUAAUGCGCCAGUGCAUCUUGUUUAAUCUAGGGCUUUACUUACUUACAAGCAUAGAGCCACUAAGAGGCUUAGACACCCCUUACUAAACAUCACGUUUUUGUUGUGAUUGAAAGUUUAAAGAGCGUGCAGAAAGAAGAAGUGACCCAGCUUCAUUUUUAGAUGCUGAUAGAACAUAAGUGUUGUACGAGAUUGUCAAAUGUGGGAUGUUAUGGGGUUAUUCUUCAUAACCUUUAAUAUUAAUCCUGGCUGUGAGACACCACCUAUGGCUGUGUUAAAAAAAUACAAAGGUCAUUUAAAACAAUCCUGCUUUAUGGCUGAUGGUAUUAUUAAAAUAUAAAUCAUCUAUUCAUUAUCUGCCAAGACAAUCACUUUACUUUUUUUUAGUACAGUUUUACCAUGUAUAGAAAGCAGGUGAAGGUUCCACUUUUUCACUUGUCAGUAUGAUUCAAGUUUUCUAUGUGUAUUCAGUGUGUUUGUAUAACAUUUCUACUAAGCAGCAUACAGUCAAUCAAUGCAUAUGCACACACAAUGUGUCUUGAUUGAGUCUUUUUCUCCCGAUGAACUCUGUAGUUUCAUCUCUAUCCUUGGGCCACUUGAUAUGACCUGGAAAAUAAACACAGACCAUUAAA